AUGGCGUCAAAAGAGGAAAAGCCGCAGUGUAAAUUUGGAGCUAAUUGUUAUAGAAAGAACCCACAACAUAUACAAAAUUACAGACACCCAAAGAGAAAACACGAUUCUGAGGAUGACCAACAAAAAGAAACAAAAAAAGUAACGAAGGAAGAAGUUUCACCCGAAAAGACACACAAAACUAUAACAGAUUUCUUUGGAGGAAAGAAGAAAGAAAAGACUAACAAUGGAACUGCUGAGAGAGAUUCUGACAAUGAACCAAAAGCAUCAAGUUCUAAUGAUAGUGAAGAAAGGAAGUCACAUGAUAAAAAAGAUGUAGAAGAAUCUGUGGAGAGUAAAGAAGAAUCUGUUGAGAGUGAUGAAGAAUCUGUGGAGAGUGAUGAAGAAUCUCUACCAUCACCAGAUGAUGUUGCAGAGAAUAUUAAAAGGAAAUUCCUUGUUGAAAUGCCUGAUGAUUUCUUUGAAUUCUGGGAAUUCUGCUGCCAUCUUGAUAAGAAGAAUCCUAGAGAUGCAUUACAUGAUGUAUUAGGGUACCAGUUAGUGGGACCAUUUGAUAUCCUGGCUGGACGACAUAAGGGUGUUAGGAAGAAUAAACAUGGCAGGAAACCUAAUUACCUUCUACAUUGGAGAUACUAUUAUGAUCCUCCUGAAUUUAUGACAGUUAUCAGGGGAGACAACAAAUCUCAAUUUCACCUUGGUUAUCUUAGGGACGACCCAUCAGAAAUGCCUGUUAUGGUUGCAGCUAACUCUGCAGCUGAAUCUUGUAAUAUAUUACCAAAGGGAGAUAACUUAUUUGCAGCAAUAAAAAAUUGUAUAGAUGAACAAAUAAAAGCUAAAAGUACUGAUGGCACAAAGAAGAAAAAGUUACAGAAUAUUCAGGAUGAGAUAAUAGAAUGGGCCAAGAAGAAGAAAUAUUCAUUAGACCUGAAGUCUAAGGGAAUGAAAGAGCGUGACAAGAAGGUUGUAUGUAAGACAUUCCAUGGUGCUGGUAUUGUGGUUCCUGUUGAUGACAAUGAAGUUGGUUAUCGCCCUGUCCCAGAAACAACAGGUGACUUGAAGAAAAUGAUGAAGAAAGUAGCAGAGAGUAAGACAGACAAAGAAAGAGAUGAAAACAUGGACCAGAUUCAGGAAUUAAUUACCUUAGUACAGUUUGCUAACGAUGAGUGUGAUUAUGGAGAAGGUUUAGAACUUGGCAUGGACUUAUUUUGCUAUGGUGAUAAAGUUUUCAGGUCAAUGAUGGAACAUUUACUACCUCUGGCAUAUCAACUACUCGGUCGUAUCGAGUAUGAACAGAUUAUAAAGGCACAUCUCAAAUCUCGACAAAAAGGGACAGACUUGAAUCAAUUAGACUGAUUAAUUCAUCAUUUGUCAAACAUAGCAUCUUCAUACAUCAUUCAUUUUAGAAUAAAAUACAUUCAUUGUAUCUUAAUUUAUAAUGUCUGUACUCUCCAAAAUGUGAGGAGAUAUAUAACUACAACAAAUCCAGUUUUCUAUCUCAUAUCAUUAUCAUAACCUCGACAUAAAAUGUUCAAAAGAUUUUCUGUUUGACAUUAAACAUCCAACCUUGGUGUUUUAAGUGUUGUCAACUAAUGAAGCCUGUAUGGAUUUUUCCCUACUGAAACUUUGUCCAUGUUAUAAAGGGCCCUGCAUCGAGGAUGCUGGUAACCUUUAGUUUGCACUUUGUCUGUCUGUAUGGCCACAAUUUUUGUAAAUGCAAAAAACUCCAAAAGUAUUAAUGAAAUUUUGCACAGUUGUUUUGAAAUAUAUUUAGAUGUGCAUAUUAUAUUUUGGUGUAAUUUGGCUUAUUGAUUUUAGAAAAAACUGUUUUUGUUAAAAAAUUACAAAUUUUGAGAAAUGUCUGUUAUAUAAGCAAAAAACUCUAAAAGUAUAUGUAGGAGGCCAAUGAAAUUUUGCACAGUUGUUGUGCAUAAUAUAUUUUGAUGCAAUUCGGCUGAUUAAUUUUGUUAAAAAAAACUGCUUUUGAUUAAAAAUCACAAAUUUUGAGAAAUGUGUUUUGUAAAUGCCAAAACUCAGAAAGUAUAUGUAGGAGGCCAAUGAAAUUUUGCACUAAUGUUGAUGUUCAUAAUAUGAUUUGAUUUUUUGAUUUUUGGUGUUUUAACGCCACUUUUAAGCACCGCUUUUGGGCUAUUUCGUGGCGGCCAGUUUUUAUUGGUGGAGGAAGCCGGAGUGCCCAGAGAAAACCACAGACCUUAGAUAGGAAAACUGACAAUCCUAGUCAAUUAAGAUUGGAGUCGAGUGCAGCCGCACGAGCGGGGUUAGAACUCACAACCUCAGUGUUGACUGGCUA